UGUUUGUUUACAUCAUAGCCGCUACCCAGAUGAUUGAGUUAAACAGUAGUGAUCCCAUCAAUUAUGAUCUUGAUUCAUCAACAGACGCAAUUAGUUCAUUUCCUCGACUCACCCAACCUAUAUCAUACGACGAUUUUUUUAGGGAAUUUUUAGAGAAAAAUAAACCUUGCGUUUUCUCAAGUGAAUUCACGCGCGAGUGGCGGGCAAGGAGCGACUGGGUUACGCCCAUAGGUAUUCCAGAUGUCCAGUAUUUUGUCGAACAAUUUGGUGAUGCUGAUGUCCCCGUUGCAGACUGUGAUCAAAAGCAUUAUGAUUCACAGGAAAAGAAAACGUACAAGUUGAAGGAUUAUAUACAUUACUGGAAUGGUCUCAGGGAAACUUCAUGUGGGAAGAAUCAGUGUCUUUAUCUUAAGGAUUGGCAUUUCGUACAGGCCUAUCCUGAUUAUGGUGCUUACACGACAUUACAUUAUUUUGCAUCAGAUUGGUUAAAUGAGUUCUGGCAAGUCAGGGAUGAUAUUCAAGAUGACUACCAAUUUGUGUAUAUGGGACCAAAAGGAAGCUGGACACCUUUCCAUGCUGAUGUCUUCAGAUCUUAUAGUUGGUCUGCAAAUGUUUGUGGUCGUAAACGAUGGGUGUUUUACCCACCUGGAGAAGACCAAUAUUUGAGAGACCCAUUUGGAACACCUAUAUACGAUAUAGAUUCUUCAGACCUCAGUGACUCAUCUAAAUACCCAAAAGCAGCAUCUGCUAGUGGACGACUUGAAGUUAUUCAGGAGCAAGGUGAAACUAUAUUUGUGCCUUCAGGCUGGCAUCAUCAAGUUUGGAAUCUAGAAGACACCAUAUCUAUCAAUCAUAAUUGGUUGAAUGGAACCAAUAUUCAAGUGGCUUGGCAUUUUUUGGUGGAAUCCCUUAAUCAGGUGGAGUUUGCUAUUCAAGACUGCAAAGAUAUGGAAGAUUGGGUGGGCCAGUGUCAACUGCUGCUACGAGUAACUCAUGGAAUGGACUACAAAGAAUUUUACACCUUUCUCCGUACAGUUGCACAGCGUCGAAUAUCAUGCCUUAGUGAAAAUAAACCACUUGUUAGCUUUGAUGUAUGGACUGUGGGUAAAAAUCACAUACUGUAUGACUUGAAGAAAAUUCAGUGGUGCCUUGAACAACUGUUGAAUGAUGAACGCCUGGACUCUAUCAAAGACUUCUCUGAUGAAGAGAACCAUCCAGUUAAGUUGUUAGAUGAUAUUACAACAGUUUUGUCAUGAUUUUGGUUAAAAUAAUCUUUGCUAUUUCAUUCCCUAAGCUUGAAACCUGUGAUUUUAUUUAUGAGUUUUAUGUCAGUUCCUGUAAAUGGCUUUACUAGGGUACUGAUGGGGCUUGAAAGUUGCUCUUAAUAGGGAUAGAGCUUCCUUUUUUCCAAAACUGGACUGUAAGAUUAGGUUUUGGAUAAGCUCAGUUUGAAUGUAUGGAUAUGUAUGUGCCUUUCCUACUUGCCCUUUUUUGUGAUGAACCAGUGUGUACUUAUGUAUGAAAUACAUGAUUGCUAAUAUAUAUGUAAACCUUCAAAUUGACUGAAUUAGAGAAUUAGUACAUGUUUGGGCCAAAGGCCAAAAGCCAAAUCUGAGCAGCAAGGAUAAAAAAAUAAAGAAACAAUUGAAGGGAAUCUGAUAAACUUAAGGACAUAGAUGUUUAUAUUUCAUAUAAGAAAUUAGUUUCCUUUAUAAUAUCCUUUAUAGUAUCAGUGAGAUAUUAAGAACAUAAGUGUCAGUUUGUUAGUAAAGAAUUAUAUUGUGGUUUAAGUGAGGUAUUUCUUCCAAUUUUUUUAGAUUUCCAGGAAAAAGUAUAGUGAUAACUUUUAUUGCUAACUUUAAGUUCAAGCCCCACUUUCUUGUCUUUUAGACCUGAACCCUCUCAUUAAAGCCUGUUCUCUGACAAAUGACAAGGUUUAUUCAAUUUUCUGAUAUGGAUGUUAUUCUCCACAUAUAAAGCAGAAUGUCAGCAUUUAAAAAUUAUGUGAGCCAUUGUUACAAAGGACGAUUGUAGGAAUACUAUGACAAAAUUCUUAUGGAAGUGCGAGUUAUCUUCUCAUCAGAGGGAGGAAAUUUUAUUAAUAUAUACGUAUUAGCAAUACGUAUGGGAAACUAAUGACAGAGCUCAUUUUUAUAUUCUGUGUCAGUUUAAGCAAUUCUUUUGUUUUGUCCAGAAUUUAGUGUAGUCUAGUGUGGGUGUUUUGUCCAGAAUUUAGUGUAAUCUAGUGUAGGCAUUGAGUACAUUUUCCCAAAGGAAGGAUUUAUUGACCCUCAGAGAACAAAUGAACUCUGUCCCUUUGGGUUAUAACUGAUAAUGACAAAACUAAGUAAAUACAGUUAGAAGUUGUUUGUACCUCAGUGUCUUGGUUUUUAUUCAUAAAAAUUUAUUUACAUAUAAGACAAGAACAAGAGUGCAGAGGAUACGUAGUACCGUAGAAAUAUGGAAGAGUAAACUCAGUUAUAACUUAAUAUCAAAGUUUCAUCAUUGAAUUGGUUUUAUAUUUAUUGUACAUUUGACUAGAUAGUGCCAAAGUCAAUUGACAAAAACUAGGGUCCCCAUAUCUUAUGCCCAAACAAAAAGGGACAUAGGGACAUUGGUGCUAUUAUUCAAACCAAAGUUUUGCAAUUAUGAUCUUAUUUUAUUGAGUAAUAACUUUAAUUUUAGAUAUAAUUUAAUACAAAUGGUAAAAAGACAGAAAAAGUGUUCUUCAGUUUGAGCAGCAUAUAGCAUAUACUAAGUGGAUUAGCCUAGACAUGAGGCAGCCGGUAAUAAUACGUGUCGUAACCUCAGUAUUAUUAAUUCUUUUCUCUGAAUAGUUUCCUUCUGACUCAGUAACUUUUUCUUCAGACCUGCCAGAAUUUAUGAGUGUCAUUUUGAACUGUAGAUUAAAAGGAUCUUCCUUUCAAACAUUAAAAUCUUUAUCACUACCUGUUAUUAUAUUUAUUUUUUCUUGGGUUUUCAUUUCUACAAGAAUUUAUUUUUCCUGGGCUUUAUGAGUCUUUAACUCAGAGUAAAAAUAUUUUUAUAUUACCAUGCACUAGAAGCUUUUUACUUGUAGCUAAGAGAUGAUUAAUAGCAAAUUUUCAUGUAAAUUUUCUAUGAAAAUGAUAAAAAAUAAUGUACUAGUGACAUGAAAUUUUUUCUCAAAAUCUUUUGUUGGGAUACAAUCAUUACCAUAACCAUUACAUAUUAGUCAUAAUGAUCCAGGAAAUGGAUUUCGUGCUAGAAUCUAGGCAAUGCCAUCUUUCUAAGAAUACCAACAAAUUGAUUAAGACAUGUUUUUGAAGUUUCUACAACAGGCAUGCAUCAUGCAUUUUCCCAGAUAAAUGAAUCCUUCACAAUCAUGUGGCCAUAUAUUAUUUGAACCAAUGCCUCUCAGCUUCAAAUCACCAACUUUUCUUAUGUUUUUUUUUUUUUUUUUUUAAUCAAUGUCGGUAAUCCCUUCAAAACACAUUUUCCUUAGCUUUCAUAAAAUUAAAAACCAGGAAUACAGGAUGACACUUGCUUGAGUUGACUCACCAGCAUCAGGUCAAUCUUGAUUCUUGGCAUUUUUGCAACUCAUCUUAUUCUAUUAAACAAAUAAAAUUUUCCUGUACGUAUUUUUCUUUGCUCAUCGUCAUCAGACAAAUAUUACACGAAAUCUUCAUCAUCAUCCUCUUGCCAUUACAGACCCGUACUUUGUUAAAAAUCUGACUAUGGAAGUUUGUUUGUUCUUUUACAUCCCCAGUAUACUAGUUCCAGAUUCUUUUGCAUUACCAUGCAUUAGUUUAAAAGACCAAAGCACUUUUUCCUAUGCUUUUUUCCCACCUUUCAUCAUGGAUCUCAAUGAUGUUUCUAGAUUUGUGGCAAUUUUCUAACCAAAGUGCUACUAUUUAGGCACUGUGACUACCAUGAACUUGAAUGGAAGUGAUAAACAACAAUCACUCAGGAUAUUUUAUCUGUAACUAGCUAUAAAGCACUGAGAAUAAUAAUUAUAAUGCUCUUGUUUAGGUUACUUACAGUUUCUAUAACUAUCUAAGUUUCUUUCAACAUGUCAGUUUCCAAUUCGUUUCCCUAAAAAAUUUCCUUUACCUAAAAGGUGAUGUUUGGCACUCUAGAGGAACACAGCACUAAUUCUGUUGUAGACUGUUGCUACUUAGUGUUAAACCUAUUAAUAGUAAUAAUCUAAAGGAAAAGGUUGGGAAUUUACCAGAGUAUGCACUUUGAAAACUGUAAGAACUUCAUUUUUCUUGAGGCUAUUACGUACUGUUUUCUUUUUCAGCAGUUUUCUUUAAUUGAGCCCUGUACUAUACAUACUAUAUUUUCAUGCUUUCAAUAGGUUUGCUGUGGUACAAAAGAAAUUUAUUUUAUCCUGGGUGUUGAUCUUUAUGUAUAGAUAUUAAAAGUUCUAAGCACAAUCAUUUUUGGGGUGAGAUGUAUGUCCACAUUUAUUUUUUCACUAACUUGCUUUGGAAGCAACAUUAUUAUUUAUUAUGUUGAGCGCACAAUAUGUGAAAUGUCCCGUGUAUUAGGUUGGUGUAUUCACCUGUCAACUUCAGGAGGAUACCACUUAUACGUGCCUUUUUUAGAGGAUAAACAUUAUACAUACUGUGUUUAGAGCAUUCACAGAGAUCUCUUGACUCUUUAAAAAAAUGGAAUUGGGCUUUAGAUUUCGAUAAGGUUUUUAUCCAGCCUCUUCUAUUCUUUUCUUAGUCAGAAUACCUGAGUUAGUUAAGAGUUAAAAACUUCAUUAAUGUGAGGAUAAUUUUGAUGAUAAAAUAUAAGCUCAUCUCUAAGGAUACUUUUACUAGACAGGAUAUCUCAUACAUCUGCUGCUUCACAGACCACCUGAGGUUUUAACUGAGGGAUACCAUGAACCUAUCUUUUACAGAGAAACACUGUGCUUCAAGUGGGGUUUGAAUCCACAGACUCAUGAAUUGUUGACUUCUGUAUUCAUUUAACCAGUGAGUUUAUGUAUGGACUGUUAAUUAGUUGAGUAUGAAGGGCAAGGUAACCUGAUGGACAUAAAUUAGCACUGCUUAAGCCCAUUAGCAAAUUAAAUGGCUAAUUUUAACCAUACGGUUAAAAACAUAGGAGUCCAGUGAUAGCUCUUAUCUUUCUGAUUUGCAUCUAUUAACUACUGAGGCCUCUUUAGUUUUAUAGGAUCAAAUUGUUCUGUAUAGGCCUCAUAAUUUUUACUGCCUUGCUGAACCAAGGCAGUAAAUUAUUAAACGUUCUAUAGUAAAGGGUAGCAAGGUUACUCUUUGACUAGGCACUAUCACAUCAUCAUUAGAAUCCUAAAUUCACCCUAAAAAAGUAAGGCAUCACUAUAAUUGUUCUAUGAUGUCCAGAUGCUUUUUAUAGCAUGAGUGGUACUAUACUUUAACUUUAUCAAAAAUGUUGAAAAUGAUUAGACAAUGUUUACUUUGAUGAGGAGUAAAUUUGCUCCCUUAAUGCACUACAGUAUAUAUGGAGUAAACAUACUUUAGUGGCAUGUUUAGGACCAUAAUUUACAUACAUACAAUGUACUUAGUGUUUCAUAUAGCAUUGUUUGGAAGUCAUAUUCUCUGGUGCAGAUUUUAUUCCUUUAUUUCUUUUAGGAAGAGGGCACUAGUCAUCUGUAUGUUACCUAGUCAUUUUUGUGAAAUAUUUGUAGAAAAUUACUUUUUCAGGUUUCUACACUGACUACAUGACAGUGCCCUGGUUGAUUACUAUACAGUAGCCAUUUUAAAUGCAGUGUUUGUUGGAGGUGGCUGCAAAUGUAAUAUUUAGAUUAGAAGACUGUGUUGUGAACCUUUACUGAAGUUAGGUAGUGCUCCUUGUAAGUGGUGUCCAACUGUUCUGUUAUUUGACUUUACAAUUCUUUCCCCAUUUCUCCUAUUACCUGAUUCACAAAAGCUUCUCUCUAUCAAGAAAUAUAUAUUGAGUAAAUUACAUCACAGAAGUAUGACACAUUAAGGCAGCAUUACAAUCUCCUCAAAUUUGCGACACAUCAUCCACCAGAUUGCUAGGAAGACUUUCAGAGCUGUAUAGUCAGUAAAGAAGUCUCCAAUAAAGGUCUUAAUUAUAAGUACUAAUAUUGGAAAGAAAGGUCUUAAUUAUAAGUAAUAAUAUUGGAAAGAAGGAAAAUAUUACUUUGGGCAAUCUUGUCUAGAAUUAAAAGCCUUGGGAAAAAACAGUGCCACUCAUCAGACAGGUCAGUUCUAAAAACAUAAGGAGCCAUACAAACAAUACAUCAAUUUCUAACAGAAUUAGAUGAUUUAUCAUCAUUUAAAAUGAAAAGCUUGUAGUUAAUUGGUAACUGAUGUAUUGUCAAAAUCUCAUGCUCCACUAAGAGCAGUGUUAUCAUUAAGUAGUGAAUUAUAUAUGGGGUCAAUGCAUAAGGUCAUCCAUGCACUCUAUUGACCAUGCCACAUAGUACUACACACUGCAGUUCACUUUCAAGACUUAAUUUGCAUACAUAUACUGUAAGACACUUCUCAUUCCCCCUUGGUGAAUGGACGCUGACGUUUAAUUAUCUCCAUACGUAGUUUACAAGGGAUGCUUGCGCACAUGUUGGUAGGUGAAAAUUAAUUGUGAUCUUAUGAAUUUUGUCAAGGUCUUCAGCUUUAUUUAGAUUCAUAGGGAUGUGUAAUUCUGUAAUUUAUAUGGUGCAACAUACUGAAUCAGUUUUAAAAUUGUAUACGUCUCAUGCAUUUGCAGUCUCUUUCAAAAUUACCAAAAUUACAUUUUCAAUCACUUCAAAAGAUGAUCAUAAUAGGUCAGUUUAUGCCUUAGGAAAAAAUAGACCACUUAUUUAAUUUGAAAAAAACUGUUGAAGGAGCUUUUUUUUUUUUAGGUAUAUUGCAUGAAGAAAUACUUUGAAUAGAGAAUGAAACAUAUCAUUAAAACAUAUCACCAAACUUUACUUUUAUCUGAUUGAAAG